AUGUCGGCCCUAGCUCAAACAAUAUCAAGUUUUUGCCACAAGUGCCAAAUAUACGCAAACAUCCCCAGGGCACUGCCUAUUGCUCUAUCCAUCCUCCUCGCACCAUGGCCCUUCUGCCAAUGGGGCCUGGACCUGAUCGGUAAGCUUCCUACGGCAGUUGGACAAUUCAAAUACGCCAUUGUAGCCGUUGACUACCAAACAAAGUGGGUAGAGGCGGAUCCUCUCAUAGCUAUCACUACAGAAAAAGUGAAGAACUUUCUAUGGAAGAAUAUUUACUGUAGAUUCGGUGUCCCGGACACCAUUGUCACUGACAACGGGACCCAGUUUGACAAUGAUGAGUUGAGAGCCUACACCGAGAACUUGGGCACUAGAAUCCUAUACGCCUCCCUAGCACACCCACAAACCAACGGCCAAGUUGAAGCUGUCAACAAAAUAAUCAAGAAGAUACUCAAAAAGAACCUCGACGACGCCAACGGCCUUUGGGCUUCCAAACUCCCGGAAGUAUUAUGGGCCAUCAGGACUACAGCUAUAGAGGCUACCGGAGAAACUCCCUUUUGCAUGGCUUUUGGGUUUGAGGCUGUCCUCCCUAUCGAAACACAAAUCCCAAGUGCAAGGAUCGAGUACUUUGACGCGGGUACUAACGAAGAGGGCCUCCAGCUCGAUACUAAUUUGCUCGAGGAACGAAGGGAUGUAGCGCACAUGCAUAAACUCGUAAACAAGCGAAGAAUUGCUCGCUACUAUGAUGCCAAGGUGCAGUCCCGGACUCUAAAGUUGGGGGACUGGGUAAUGAAACAACUGUACCCGGAACCCCGAGGCCUGGAUCCUUCAUCGACGGGCCCUUAUGAGAUCAUUGAAGAGGUAGGUCCCGCAACCUUUUACAUCCGGGACAUGGACGGAGUGGUCUCACGGCACUCGUGGAACACACAACGCCUUCAUUACUAUUACAGAUAG